AUGGCAGAGAAGAACCUCACCUCAGUGACUGAAUUCCUCCUUAUGGCAUUCACAGAGCGUCCUGAAUGGGGACUCUCUCUCUUCCUCCUAUUUCUAUUUAUCUAUCUCAUCACGUUGUUGGGGAACUUAGGGAUGAUCAUCCUGAUCCGCAUGUAUUGCCGGCUUCACAUCCCAAUGUAUUUCCUUCUCAGUCACCUCUCCUUCAUGGACAUCUGCUACUCAUCUGUCACUGUUCCUCAAAUGUUGGCUGUGUUGCUGGAGCAUGGGGCAAUUUUAUCCUACACACGCUGCGCUGCUCAGUUCUUCCUCUUCACCUUCUUUGGUUCCAUUGACUGCUACCUCUUGGCCAUCAUGGCCUAUGACCGCUAUGUGGCUGUGUGCCAACCCUUGCUUUAUGUCACCAUCAUGACUCAUAGGGCCUGUUUGGGUUUUGUGGCUGGGGCUUACGUUGCUGGCCUCUUCAGUGCCGUGGUGAGGACAGUCUCAGCUUUCACUCUCUCCUUCUGUGGGGACAAUGAGAUCAACUUCAUUUUCUGUGACCUUCCACCUCUCUUAAAGCUGACCUGUGGGGAUAGCUACACCCAAGAGGUGGUAAUUAUUGUGUUUGCCAUUUUUGUCAUCCCUGCCUGCAUGGUGGUGAUCUUGGUAUCCUACCUGUUCAUCAUCGUGGCCAUUAUGAAGAUCCCCUCAGCAGGCGGUAGGGCCAAGACCUUCUCUACGUGUGCU